AUGAAGGUUUUGCUGAAGGUACUUUUGUUCACUUUAAGCUGCAGCCUCUCCUUUGCUUUCUACUUUCAACAGGGGGAGAGAGAAGAAAAGUGCAUCAUAGAGGACAUUCCAGCUGAUACCUUGGUUGCAGGACGAUACAAAAUGCAAUCCUGGGAUCUUGCUGCACAUGAAUUCCUUCCUUCUGCCCCAGGUUUGGGUUUGCUUGUGACCGUCAAAGGUCCAGAUAAACAGAUCUUGCUGCAAAAAUUAUAUGGACCAGAAAGUCACUUUAUAUUUCAGUCCCAUUCUCAAGGGGAGCACUACAUCUGCCUGACAUCCAACUCCACCAAACUAGCAGUGUUUGCUGGGAGUAGAUUGCGCAUUAAUUUGGACAUUCAGGUUGGUGAACAUAUCAUUGAAAAGUCUCCUGAUGAAACCAAGGACAAGAUAAAUAACGUGGAGGAAAGAGUUCUGCAGUUAGUAGAGAGAAUGGAAUAUAUCAGCAAACAGCAGGACUAUCAGAGGUUACGUGAAGAAGAAUUUCGACGGGUCAGUGAAAGAACUAACGACGACAUUUUAUGGUGGGCUCUAGUUCAAACCACAAUCCUUCUCACAAUGGGAGUCUGGCAAAUGAAGCACAUGAAAAAUUUCUUUGUGGCCAAGAAACUAGUAUAA